GUCAAGACUAGCGACUGCUUGAGAUGUUAUGCGGUAUGUUGGUAAUUUUGUCAGUGGUUCCGUAAACUUUUAGCUACAGUGAAUCUGGUGAUUUUUGGUCACAUCGCCGCUCUGGCUUUGGACAGUUUUUUAUUUAUAGCUGACUCGUUUGUGGCUAUAAGUUAGCUCGAAGUUACCGACGUUAUAAAGCCGGGUGGCUUUUAACAGCAGUCACUGAACUUUCGUGUCUCCUUACACGACUUCAUUGAUGAUAUAACACAAGACUUGCUGACAUCAAAAAUAGUUCUUGCUUGCACAUAUCUUUCCUUUGUAAGGAAACACAAACAUGAACAGUAGCCUAUGCAAUCCUUUAGGAUUUCAUAUGAUAAUUACAUUCAACCUCUUAAAAUAAAUCUAAAGUCUGCACUGUUGUAAUUGCUUACAGACUAAAAUAUUUUAGAAUGAUGCCAAAGUGACAAUGUUUUCUCAGCUUUUGCUGUAAUUUCUCUCUUUUUUUUGUGGGCACACAUAACUUCACAUAUAUAGUUUUAAACUGAAUAACCUCAGUCAAUUUCCUGCAGUAAAUGGUACCUCUACCAAGCCUUCUACAUGCUAUACAAUACAAGAACUUUGACAGCAACAACUUUCAUAUACAGCUGGAAAGUUUUGAUGUGCUGCCCAAUGAUAGUUGCUCCUUUCACUGAGCUGAGGUGUUUUGCUAAUACUGCCUCAUUAACACUGAUUAAAUGGAAUCGUUUUCCUGUUUGGAAACAUUAGUUGGAUGUGUGACCAGAUUGGCACUUAAGUUUGAGUUGAUGUUGACCAGACCCCUUACAGAUUUGGCUUGAUUACAGUAUACAUUGACAGAAUUAUACGUCAGCCGAAGUAAAGCUGUAAAGUAUUAACUGUUAGCUUUAACAUGUGUGGUCAGUUACGUUAUGGAAACUACAAACUAAAAACAAAUCAUGAAUAUGUAAUUUGUGCUCAUACGAUGUCUUCUGAUUUAGCCAUCUUCUGAUCAACGUGGUUUUCAUUUGUGUGACAUGGAGCCAUAUGGAGACCUAAACCCUGACACAGAUGACCUUCCACUCCGAGCCAAUACUAACCACAUACUUGUCAGACAUUAUGUGUUGGACUUGAUGGUUCAUUUUGACAGUAGGGUUAUUGGUGGUAGUAUUGUUCUAUUCCUGGAGCCAUGUUCUGGAGUUAGGACUAAGCCUGAGGAUGACAUUGGACCAGGAGCUGGUGAUGGUAUUGAGAUUAUUGAGUCUGGAGGGACUGAGGAUGGAUCUACAUUUCAGAAGGUGGAUACUGUAAAGGAAGGUACAAUAGGACUUGAAAAGACUGAAGUAAAGUUGUUUAUUGCAAAAGAAAGGGACCAAAAUGAACCACAGGCCGCAUGUGGAUCCAAGACUGAAGUUGAUGCCAGCAACAUUCAGUCUUCACAUAUGUGGAAAACUUCCAGUGUUAGUGAUUUCACUUUGGUGCUGGAUUGCUGUGACCUUGAUGUAUCAAAAGUGGAGGAGGUUGACAUCACUUGUGUGUCUGCCAUGUCAGACCUCAUUCCAGAGGUUACACCUGAGAAGUCAGAAGGCAUUUCAACAAACCCACAAGCAGCCUUUAUUCAGAACCUUUUCUCCAUGCCCUCCAGCCAGUGGCGGCAGAAGCAUUGGUUCUUUUCACAGUGUAGCCGUGCCCCUGGUGCUAAAGAUGACAGCUCCCUGCAUUUUCAUGGAGAUCAUUGGAGUCUGCAGGUGAGGAAGAGCGGAGUUGUGUCACCUGAGGAAUUUCCUCGAGUUAUUAGGAUCUACUACAACACAAGACCAACGGGGGCCUCUGUGAGAUGGACCAAGGACCAGGACAACAGGGUGUGUGUUUACACUGCCGGUUCUCCCAUCAACAACCGAGCCCUCUUCCCCUGCCAGGAGCCGCCUGUUGCCAUGUCGACGUGGCAGGCAACAGUGCGGACCCCCAGUGAGUGUGUGGUUUUGAUGAGUGGCGAGGAGCAGGUUGCUCCUACUGAGGACGGGAACACACAUUUUUUAUUCUGGAAUUACUACGUCACAAUGCCCAUGCCUGCGUCCACCUUUACUUUGGCAGUGGGCCACUGGCGCAAUGUCACAGUGGAAACUCCUCCAGUGUUGGAAAACAAAGUUGAAGACAGUUGUUAUUGCGGCAAAACUCCUGAACACAGAGCUGAUUAUGAGGAAUGGACUGAGACUGAGCUUGUGGCUGGACUUGGAAGCUCCUCUAGUGAAGUAGUAAAGGACUUUCCACUCCAGACUGGCAGAAACCAGACCGCCAGGUCAGACUCUACAUUCUGUCACUCUUCCCUGGAGGAUGAGAAGCUCUUUGCAACUGAUUAUUCAGGCAUGGUAGAUGACGGCAUCAGUUGUUCCCAUGACGACUACCCUUGCCGGUUUACAGAGCAGUCGGCUUGGUCCCAGCGGGUGAUUCCUCACCGUGUAUUUAGCCCUGUCUGCCUGCUGCAGAAGGCCCAGGGAGUACUGAAGCUGUUACCUCAGUGUUUGGCUGCAGCCCAUGCUGUUCUGGGUGUGCAUCCCUUUCCUCGUCUUGAUGUUCUUAUCGUCCCAGCAGGGUUUUCUAGUCUGGGCAUGGCCAGCCCCCAUAUCAUUUUCCUGUCCCAGAGUGUGCUGUACGGUGAAAGUCCUGCUUCUGGAAAUAGCGGCCUGUCUCUGUAUGGGUCCAGGAUUUGCCAUGAGAUUGCCCAUUCGUGGUUCGGCCUGGUUAUUGGGGCCAGAGACUGGACAGAGGAAUGGAUCAGCGAGGGCUUUGCCACUUUCCUGGAGGACAUUAUUUGGGCCCAAGCACAAAAACUGUCCUUGCAAGAGACAAUGGAGCAGUUUGAUCUGAAGGCGCUACUGAGGUGGAGGAGACUCUCUGAUGAGUUGCAGAACUCAAAAGAGGAACUUCAGAUCCUCAGACCAAACAUGGAGAAGACAGGUCAGGUCAGUGACUCUGGCUCCUCCACAGUAAAACAUGCUCUCAACCCUGAGAAAACCUUCAUGCAAGUCCACUACCUCAAGGGCUACUUCCUACUCAAAUUUUUGGCCAGUCAAGUAGGGGAGCAGCCACUCGUUGACUUUAUCAGAUUAUUUGUGAGGAAAUACCACGGGAAGCUUGUUUUGUCUCAGGAUUUCCUGCAGAUGUUCCUGAUUACUUUUCCUGCCAUGGAGAGAAAAAGCCUCACCCUCAGUGCAAUUUAUGCUGACUGGCUCGAUCAACCGGGAAUUCCAAAGUGGCUGUAUGAAAGGAGCGCCGUGUGGUCAAAGGCGAGGCUGGUGGAAGAAGUCAAAGCAGAGGUUGUAAAAUGGAUUCUCUUCAGUCAGACUCACCAGGGGAAGGGCAGAAAGCGGAAGAGAAUAGAACCCAAGGUGAACUACAAAGAGUUGUCAUCAGAGCAGCUCGUGAUGCUUUUGGAGCUUCUGCUAGAAGAAUCGGAGCUGAGCGUGGCAUCAAUGCACGCUCUGCAGAAAACCUACAGUCUCCAGGAACAAGACGCUGAGGUUCGACAUCGCUGGUGUGAGCUGGUGGUCAAGCAUGCAUACACUCAUGCUUAUGGAGAUGUUGAGCACUUUCUGGUUCAUGAUCAGGCUAUGGGUGUAUAUCUCUAUGGGGAGCUAAUGGUUCAGGAGGAUCCUGAGCAGCAGACUCUGGCUCGUCGCUGCCUCUCAUUAGUCCAGGAAGAAAUGGACCAAUCGGCACGCAGAGUGGUGGAGGAAAUGAUCUUGUAAUGCUGGAGGUUGCAGACUACGGACAGAGAUGACAGGAACUUGGCACUGAGGGUCCAGUACACACCUCCUCUUUCUCUGGGACGCUGCAGAAACACCAGAAGGCUUUGUUCAUUCUCUGCAGCCAACUGGAAGAGUUGAGAGCCGUCAGACCAGCAACCGUACAAGCUGCUCGUACUGAGACAGUGUUGGUGAAUUCAUUGCUGGGCGGAAAAAUGACAUUAUUCCACACGUUUUUAUUAUUAAUGGAUGCAUUAAAUGGAAGACAACUCACUAUGUUUAAGAACCCGAACUGCUCCGUAUAACUCAAUGCUUUUUGUUUAGGGGUGUAAGUUCAUGUCUGUUUAGUCUACAGUCCCUGACAAAAGUCUUGUCGCUUAUCCAUUUUGUAGAAACAAAAGCUUAUAACCUGACUUUAAAUUCAUCGAUUGGUUUUAGAAAUGUCUCAUAUGAAAGCUAAAACCCUCCCAAAUUA